AUGUUUGCCCCAGGCCAAGAACAGAUCUCUAAGGAAGAGAUCAAGGCUGGUGAGAUUGAGGCCAGCCAGACCAUCCAGAUGGCUAUUGCCGGUGGUUUCCUCCUCUACUUGUCUCCCUUCGCCGUCGAAUUCGUCCGCAAGUUCCUUUAA